AUGGAACCACCAAAGCAUCUGCAACUUCGUUUUGUCUCUUGGAACACUAUGGGAAUCAGGUACACAGAAGAAAGAAGCUACAAGUUCCAACUUGUGUUGGAUGAACUCAUCAACCUGAAGGCUAAUGUUGUCUUUGUGCAAGAGACACACAUUGGACCACAGUCUUAUGAAGUACUAGAGAGCAUUCAAGGCUGGAGGUCUUUCUUCACUGUCCACCAUCCUCGCAGCAAAGGAGUCGCUAUCUUAAUAAAGAAUGAAACAAUAUUUUGCCAUAUAUGCCAUGAUGAAGAUUACAGUGGAGGCUAUAUUGUACUCUUCUGUCGUCUCUAUGGUCAGUUGUUUACUCUUGUUAAUGUGUAUAACCAUAGGGCAGACAGACGAAUGCUGGACAGAUUGAGAAACUACUUGACAACUAUUAACACUAAAGGUGUGCUUGUGGUUGGUGGGGACUUCAACACAGUACUAGACCCGACUUUUGAUAGGAGAUCAGCAGGAGAUCAAACUUACCAAUCCUCACUUAGAAGUAUUCUAGAAGAUUUCACCGAUUCUCUGAGCCUCAAAGAUACAUUUGGAUUAAUGCAUCCAAUGAAAGAAGGCUUCACACGAUCUCAGAAUCAGAGUCACUCGAGGUUAGAUAUGUUUUUCAUGCCAACGAACAUAGAACAUUAUGUCAUUAAAUGUGUGAAUCACCAAGCAAAAAUGAGAAAAUCCACAAACGGAAAGAAGAAAAUCUCUGAUCACGGUCCUCUAGUUUUAGAUAUCAAAGUUCCAGUACUGCUGGAAUAUAAAAUGCCGGAAGUUGCCUCAAUGGUAAUUGAAUUUAAAUACCGUAGAGCUCCAGACAGAAGAGCAGGAAAAAUAAAUGGUGCCGAAAUACUGGAUGCCAUCAGAUCUUUACCUGACUCACAACAACAAACUCCUGAUAAACUUAGUGUUUAUGACUACAAGAAGAAUGACCUUCCAUUGACAGAAAUCUUAAAGAUAAACUACAACAUGAUGUUGAAGUCUAAAUAUGUUCCGAAACGUUUCGUAAAACCAUUGCCUGUCUCAAACAAUAUGCAUUGUUUCAACAUUGACUAUUUGAUUUUUGCUCAGAUUUUAGCCAAACGCCUUGAGGUUUUUCUAAAAUCAUCUUUUAGGGGGAAAAAAAGGGUAACAAGUGGUGAUCGCAUUUGUGUAACUUUUGCAAAAUGCUCCCAAAAAAUCAAGAUGUCUUUCCUGAAGCGAUGUCUCUCGUCUCUUAAACAAAUUACCCCUACACCUCCAAAGGACUUCAGCAUUCUGGAGAAUCUCCUCCCCAAGGCCAGCUCCAAUAAUGACUACAGAAAACUGCGUCAAGGCUGUCCUCUGGCCACAGCCAUUCUCACAAUGGCAUUGAAACAACUGAAAAGGGACAUUAUGGCAACAAGAAAAAGUUCUGGCAACACUAGUGUUUGCAAAUUCAGACAGUCUCUGCUAAUUUGUAUAAACAAUCAGCAAAUUCAUAGGAUUCUUGAAUUGUUGAAAGAAUUUGAGAAAUGUUCUGGGAUUAAAAUACAUUUUACACAUCACAGAGUUAGGCAUUAAUUAACAUGGUAACUAACAUAUUGCACCCAGGAGCGCUGCUAUGGUUUCUGGGCCCCAGGUUUUUUCGGGCCCACUCUCUGAUCAGGACCCUUGGAUUCGUCCUAACCUUGCAGUAUUACUGUUGAUCCAUAUUCCAUGUUUGCAAUGUAUGCGUUGAAAUAAUUCAAUUUAAUAUUACAAAUAACGUUCUACUGAGACAUUCACAAAC